GCCGCCCUAAUAAAACCAUCGGCCUUCGCAGCUCGCGGCUGGCAUAAGGCCGUGAUACCUUCCUUUUGGUUUCCAACUUCUCUCCUUUCGUCGUCGUUUUGCUGUCGAUUUUCAGUCACUCAUUUAAUCGAGAAUGCGAUGUGGUUCAAAGGCGUAGUAUUCCUUUCCUACACGGCGUUACUCGUCACUCCAACUAAUGCAGCUUUUCGCGGUCAAGAGGUAGUCGGCCGACGGGAGGAACGAUAUGCUCCUCGAAACAAAUAUGUCCACAUAGAUAGGCGGCAGGCCUCCAGUGCAGCAGGCAAUGCCGCCGCCCCUAAUACAGUCAAAGUUGAUACAAAGCCAACAACACAAGCCGCCGCCGCUGCUUCGCAAGAAAGGCAGACUGAAGCCGCCGCCGCUGCCCCAUCAACUCAAAAAGCUGCCGGCCAAGAACAACAAAAGUCAACCGCAGUAGUAGCUGACCCUACAACCCAACGAGAACAACAAAAGACGACUGCGGUCGGUGCUGGGCCCUCAUCACAAGCCGGAGGCGCCACCUCUCAACAACAACCCAAGACUUCAGCAGUAGUCGCACCAUCCUCUGCCGUAGUCUCAUCUCAAAAGGAAGCCCCUUCGGCAGUGGUUGCUCCUUCAUCCCAAGUCGUUCCAUCUCAAUCGAAGAUAUCUACUUCAGUCCAACCAGUGAUCCCGAGCACUACGGCCGUGGUUCCCUCCACAUCAGCUGUACGUUCGUCUGCUGUUGAAUCCUCGGUAGUAGCACCAUCGUCUACUGCUGGACGCUCCUCCACUGUUCAAUCGUCCGCUGGCCAGUCGUCCGCCGUUCGUUCUUCGAACACGCAGUCAACAGUUGUUCCCUCUUCAACUUCUGUAGUUGUCCCUUCUUCGACUUCGGUAGUUGUUCCUUCUUCGACUUCGGUAGUUGUUCCUUCUUCGACUUCGGUAGUUGUUCCGUCUUCGACUUCAGCCGUUCGCUCGUCCAUCGUCCCAUCGUCUGUUGUGUCAUCCUCAAACGUGCCAUCAUCGGCUACUGGUCCCUCAACUUCAGUUGGACGAUCGUCUGUUAGUCAAUCUUCCGUCAUUCCGUCAUCAGCGGUUCCUACUAGCAGCUCCGUUGUGUCUACUCAACAAAGCAAGACUAGUAGCAGCGUUGUAUCUACUCAACAAAGCAAGACUAGUAGCAGCGUUGUAUCUUCGACGGUAAUCUCCAGUGCCCAGCCAACAACAUCAAGCGUACGAUCCUCGACUGAAAUCAGUUCGGCGGGCCAGCCCGCUUCCUCACAAUCUGCUGAUGGUCGUGGUCGCAUGGGUAUGUUUGCGGAGCAAGAGAAGUCAUCUCAAGCUGCCCAAUCAUCUCAGACCAACAACAAGCCCUCUUCGGCAGCUUCUUCGGUGGUCCCUUCAGCUACCAGUCAAGGCAAUCCCCGAACCUCCUCCGCAACAUCCUCCCAGGGUAACGAAAGGUCCUCCACGUCGCAAGUUCCCAGCCAGCAGCCACCCACAGUUUCAUCAGCGUCCUCUCAGGGCAACGGUCGAUCCAGCUCCGCAACCUCUUCGCAAGGUAACGAUAGGUCUUCGUCAGUGGUGUCUUCGCAGGGUAACGACAGAUCUUCAUCGACUGCAUCAUCCCAGGGCAACAACAGGCCUACGACCGCUGUUUCAUCUGCAUCGUCUUCUGCGUCUUCACAGGGAAAUGGUAGGUCUACUUCGGCAGUGUCUUCCCAGGACAACGAGAGAUCCUCGCAAAUUUCCAGCCAGCAACCCUCCACAGUUUCUUCAUCGUCUUUCCAGCCCGGCAGACCCAGUUCAGCAGUGUCUUCCCAAGGCAAUGAUAGGCCCAGCUCUGUAGUGUCGUCUCAAGGCAGUGAGAGACCUACUUUUGCUCCAUCCGUAUCGCAAUCCUCCAGCCAGCAACCAUCGCGUUCGCAGGCUUCAUCGGAUGUACGGCCUCCAGUAUCGAGCUCCUCGGGCAGGGAAUCUACCGCUAGCAGGUUUCCGCCGAACGGCCAGCAAUCCGACUCUAGGCCUUCCUCGACUGGUCAGUCAGGAGCUGCCUCCUCUGCCCGCAGCUCUGGAAGACCCGAAAUUUCAAACAGCGGGUCAGCUGGGCCUACCACGAGCCAGACAGACAGAUUCCCUGGCACGACUGCUGCUCCUUCUAGUGACACCUCUCGAUCGGGUGGUAUCGUCGGUGGAAUCACCAGCGGCAUCAACAACUUGCCUUCUCGCGUAAGCAGUGGUCUCAACGCUGGUGCAUCCGAUGUAUCUUCGCGUCUCAGCAGCGGCAUUAACGAGGGACUAUCUCAAAUCUCGGCGUUGCCAUCGCGUAUUAGCAGCGGCCUCAAUGAAGGUGCCUCUCAGAUUUCCGCGUUGCCUUCUCGUGUUAGCAGCGCCAUCUCUUCUGCUCAAUCCGAGGUUUUCCAAAUCCCCUCUCGCAUCAGCAGCGUGGUAUCCUCUGCUCAGUCCCAGGUAUCGCAGAUUCCUUCUGCUAUCAACAGCGGAAUCUCGUCAGGCCUCGGGGGUAUUGGAGGCAUUGUCAGCAGCAUUGUUCCUUCCGACCGUCCCUCUAUCUCUGUAGGACUGCCUACAGAUCUUCCAAGCAGUUUCCCUGCCAGACCCACCAACGUCAUUCCUUCUUCUGCCCUUGAUCCCAUCAGCUCCUUUUUCGGUGGUAUGUCGUCAGCCAUCCCCUCUGGAGUCUUCAGUGGCCUCCCAACAACGGUACCUAGUGGCUCACUCGGUGGUAUCCCUGCGUCUGAAUCCCUUUCCUUCGGACUUCCUACCAUGGUGUCAUCUUUGCCAGAUAUCCUUACUUCUGGUCUUCCUAUCUCUAACUUUCCUGGUACUGGCGCAUCUCAAGCUUCCAACAUUCCUAGUAUUUCAGACAAUCUUCCUCCUGUCGUUCCCACGGCGAUUUCUUCCAACUCCAUCUUGCCCAGUCUGUCCUUGGCCCCUCCCACCAGUGCGCCGUCUAUCACAAUCCCAUCCGCCACGGGAAUCCCUACCAGCGGAGGCUCAGUAUCAUCGGGUGCGCCCAUCCCAUCUGGGCAGCCAUCUGUCUCGUCUGGUGCGCCUGUCCCAUCUGGACUACCAACGAUCUCCUCCGGGCUGCCAUCUGUCUCGUCUGGUGCACCAGUUCCGUCUGGACAACCAACAAUCUCCUCUGGACAGCCACCCAUCUCAUCUGGUGUACCCUCGGCCUCGUCUGGUGCACCUGGUUCAACCAACGGAGUGCCCUCUGUCUCUGGCACGGCUCAGCCGUCUACCUCAGGCGUGGUACCUCCUCCCUCGGUCUCCGGAACUGCACCACCCUCUUCCUCUGGUGCUCCUCAAUCUUCCGGUGCUUCGGCUUCCCAGAUUCCAUCCAGCGAGACACCCUCAAUGAAGCAAGCCAUCUUACAGUCUUCCGCCACAUCGUCCGAAGUCACCAUUCCCACUUCACCGGUCAUGCAAGGUUCCGAUCCCUUGAACGACGACAAGACCACAAAGGCGACAAGCGCUGCUGGAAGCACUGCCACUUCGGGUCCCUCAGCAUCUUCUGGUGCCUCAGCAUCUUCUGGUCAAGCUUCCCAAGGCUCCGGUUCUUCCUCUCAAGCAUCCGGUGCAUCUGGUAAAGCUGGAUCAUCAGGCGGCUAUGGAGAAACCACUGGUGCCGCUCAAACUGGCCCCUCGUCUACUGUUCCGACCGGUCGUGUUUCGAGCAAGGUCGCUGAGCCUUUAGCCUCCACCACACAAGACAAGACCGAGGAGCCUCCUGCUCCACCUGCGCCUCUUUCAAAAUCGCAGACCGCUGCUGUUGCUGUGGGAGGAACUGCGUCUAUUCUCAUCGCUCUCGUUGCCGCUUUGUUUGUCGCUCGCCGUUAUCACCAGAACAAAGACAAGCGCAACAGUACUGGAGAGGUCUACCCUGAGGUCGCUUAUCUUUACGACCCUCCGACUGGCGGCAAUGGUGGUGCUGGCGUUGAUGCCGAGAAAGCAGCUGGCUCUCGCUUGAGUUCCGGACCUACUUCUGCUCCUGAGAUGACAAUGUCUGGUGCUGCUACCGGCCUAAGCCGCGCUCUAUCCAAGAAAUCUCUACGCCACUCCGUCGGUUAUGGCGCCAUUGGCGCAUCGUCGCACCAUUACCCACGUGAGUCACGAUACAGCACCGGUUCUCUUCCACCUUUGGAUCUGUCCAGGGAUCCUGGAUCGCCGAUGCCACCCCUAAACAGCGCUGCGUUGCAAUAUGCUUCUCUAGGCCAGAACCCAUUCGCCGAUCCUGCUCCGUCUAACCCUGCUGCCACCCAAUAUCCUCCCAUGUCUCCUUACGACGCUCCUCCUAUGCGCAUCCCGACGCCAGUGCAGACUCGUGAAUCCGAAAGGUACAGUGAUCCGUUCGCUGAUCCGUUCGAGCAUGAUCUGCUGUUGAACGUUGAUAUCAAGACGGAGACACCGGACUCAAUCCUCGUGCUUGCACCUCCCCCUACUCCUCGUUCGCCUCGUCCUGGAAGAUCUCCUCCAACAGUACACGACCACUUUCCCCCACCGGCGCCUUGCACCAACCACUUCCCUGGACGUGACUCCAACAACUCUGUCAUUCCUGGCAGAGUAGCUCCAGAUGGCCGUCACACGCCCGAUAUGCGCGCACCUUCGGGGAGCAACACUCCCGAGGCAUCGUCAACAGGUCGUAGUAGCCCACUCGGCACCAGCUCUAGCCUGAUCGACCUGACUACUCCUGAGCCGAUUGCCCAGCCAGCUCGUGCUGUCACCCCGCCCCCACAAGUCAAGGGUUGGGAUGAUAUCAAGAUGGACGAUACCGUUGUCCCAGCACCUCUCAGCUUGGCUCGCAAGCCUGUGCCUGCCACUGGCCGCCGGGAGCCCACUCUCGCCGGUCCCGGUCAGAUCCUUCUCUCCGGUGGUCUUCCCCUCACGAUCAAGAAAAAGCCUGUGGGAUCUGGUGCCGGUAGCGGACAGCUCGAGGUUCCCAAGAACAUCUACGGCAGCCCGGGCCCAACGUCAACCGAGUUCAGUGACGAUGUGACGGUGCAGCGCAAGAGGAGCGGAGAGCUUUUGUUUGCGGACCCUCAUCUCAUCGGCCAGGAGUUCUAA